CAGCAGCCCUCCCUGACGGCUGGUGCAGGAUCACCAUGGCCCAGAACAUAAAGGACUUGGUGGGGCGCCUGCCCACCGGGCCCCAGGGCAUGGGCACAGCGAUGAAGCUCCUGCUGGGUGCAGGCGUCGUGGCCUACGGCAUCCAUGAGUCCACGUUCACCGUGGAAGGCGGCCACCGGGCCAUUUUCUUUAACCGCAUCGGCGGGGUGCAGCAGGACCCCAUCCUGGCCGAGGGUCUCCACUUCCGGAUCCCCUGGUUGCAGUACCCCAUCAUCUACGACAUUCGGGCCAGGCCCCGGAAACUGUCCUCCCCCACGGGCUCCAAGGAUCUGCAGAUGGUGAACAUCUCCCUGCGGGUGCUGUCGCGACCCGACGCCCUGGAGCUGCCCAGCAUGUACCAGCGCCUGGGGCUGGACUACGAGGAGCGGGUGCUGCCGUCCAUCGUCAACGAGGUGCUCAAGAGCGUGGUGGCCAAGUUCAACGCCUCGCAGCUCAUCACCCAGCGCGCCCAGGUGUCCCUGCUGGUCCGGCAGCAGCUGACAGAGAGGGCCAAGGACUUCAACCUCAUCCUGGACGACGUGGCCAUCACCGAGCUGAGCUUCAGCCGCGAGUACAUGGCCGCCGUGGAAGCCAAACAGGUGGCACAGCAGGAGGCCCAGCGGGCCCAGUUCUUGGUGGAGAAGGCCAAGCAGGACCAACGGCAGAAGAUCAUCCAGGCCGAGGGCGAGGCGGAGGCCGCCCAGAUGCUGGGGGCAGCGCUGAGUAAGCACCCGGGCUACCUGCAGCUGCGCAGGAUCCGGGCCGCCCAGAACAUCUCCAAGACCGUGGCCGACUCCCGGAACCGGAUCUACCUCACUGCCAACAACCUGGUGCUGAACCUCCAGGAUGAAAACUUCACCCAGGAAAUCGACAAACUUCUCAAAUGUAAGGAACUGCGGUGGGGGGCCUGGAACUUCACAGGGCACGUGGGUCCGCUUCUUCCCCAGAUUCUGAGGACCCAGGCCCACCCCAGUAUCCUGUGA